UCUGUGGCAAGGCCUAUGAUUGGUCUGUGGCAUUGUCACGGUGACACCCCCCACCCCCCACCCCACAGCCUUCCGUGUCUCGAACUCACGAUCGCCGGCAUGUUUGCACGCGCGGACGAGGUUGCGCCAGAGGUCAUGGAGAAGGUCGCGGAGGAGGUCGCGGCGGAGGUGGAGCCCAUACUGGGCACGCUGGAUCUCGUCAUCCUCGCGGUGAUAGCAGCGCUGCUCUUCUACUGGUUUGUUGUCAAGAGGAGCCGAGAUGCAGCGCACGUGAAGGAGAUCAGUAGCCUGAACAACUUGAAAAUGGCAUCACCUGCACUGCAGACACAGUCCAGCAUGACUGCAGGCUUCAUUGCGAAAAUGCAACACUCGGGCAGAAACGUGGUCGUGUUCUAUGGGUCGCAGACGGGAACAGCCGAGGAAUUUGCUGGUAGAAUAUCGAAGGACUGCAUACGUUAUGGAUGGAAGGGCAUGGCAGCCGACCUAGAGGAAUGUGAUAUGGAGGACCUUCCGAAGCUCGCCGAGAUCGACAACUCGCUCGCGGUGUUCUGUCUCGCGACGUACGGAGAGGGCGACCCGACCGACAACGCGCAGGAGUUCUACGAUUGGAUGCAGGAGGGCGGCGGCGACCUAUCGGGCGUCAAAUACGUGGUGUUUUCGCUCGGCAACAAGACGUACGAACACUACAACGCGAUGGGUAAGUACACGGACCAGCGGCUGGAGGAUCUCGGAGGCGAGCGCGUCUGCGAGCUGGGGAUGGGCGACGACGACGGCAACAUUGAGGAGGACUUUGUCACGUGGCGCGAGCAAUUCUGGACGUCCAUCUGUGAGCAGUACGGAGUCCAACCACUAGGCGAUGAGGUGAGCAUCAGACAGUACAACCUGACGACACACGAACCGGAAGACAUUCCCGAAGAGAAGGUCUUUACAGGAGAGAUCGCGCGCAUCCGAUCCUACAAGAACCAGCGGCCACCCUACGAUACGAAGAACCCAUUCCUUGCUCCAGUGAAAGUCAACAGGGAGCUUCAUCAGGGAGGUGAUCGGUCCUGCAUGCACAUCGAACUGGAUAUCACUGGUUCUAAAAUCAGGUACGAGGCUGGGGACCACGUUGCUGUCUAUCCCGUCAACGAUGCAGCCAUGGUGCAGAAGAUCGGUGACCUGCUAGAAGUCGAUCUAGACCAACUGUUCACACUCGACAACGUUGAUGACGAUUCGAGUAAGAAGCAUCCGUUCCCGUGUCCGACGACGUAUCGCACGGCGCUUAGUUACUACGUCGACUUCACGCACCCGCCGCACACGCACGUGCUGAAAGAACUCGAGGAGUAUGCGAGCGACAGCGCCGACGCCGCGUUCCUACACAAGAUAUCGUCAAACACCCCCGAGGGCAAGAGCCUCUACAGAGAGUGGGUGGUUGAGGGCUGUAGAACCAUGCUGGCUAUACUAGAGGACCUGCCGUCUGUGAAGCCACGUGUUGACCAUCUGCUCGAGCUUCUCCCUCGGCUGCAGGCCCGCUACUACUCGAUAUCCUCCUCCCCCAAGGUCCAUCCGAAACAGCAUUCACAUCACCGCCGUUCUCACGGACUAUGCGACGGGCCGACGGACGACAGAACCACGGUGUCGCCCACCUACCCGUGGCUCGAGGCCUCGCCGAGUAGCAGCAGACUCAGCGACGCUCACGCAGCUUCACGUCGCGCGUUCUCGCGGAUCCAGCCGGCAAAGGUAUAUGUAACACAUCUGCUGGAGCAACAGGCCGAAUCUGUUUGGAAAUUACUAGACGAACAAAAGGGUCAUAUAUACAUCUGUGGUGACGCGAGAAACAUGGCACGUGACGUCAACAACAUUCUGACGAAGAUAUGUCAGGAAUAUGGAGGCCUGACGACAGAGCAGGCCGCCGAAUACAUCAAGAAAUUAGAAACGAAAGGACGCUACGGCAAGGACGUGUGGAGCUAACCUAACGGACAGCUAGACAAUUGACAGCGACGUUAAUUCUGAUGUGGAAAUUAUGCUAUUUUAUUCUCCAAAGUGCUGUUCGCGCAGAAUAACGAAUAAUCUAUUAUAAGGAUCCUUUAAAUCAUGCAGAACGUUGCGCUUGGAGGUGUCGGUGCGGCUAAAUCGGAAGCUGGUGAAACCGAUGUGGCCCCGGAUUUAUUCCCUGUACGCUGCUGACAUUGUUUUCAGCAGUCAGACUUGCGGUGAUCAAAGCAACAGUCUGGCUAGUGGUUAUAAUCAUUAGAUUAACAUGAAUGUUGUUAAGGACAGCAGAACAUGUGCAGUGUUUUAAUAACAGAACCCCCCUGCCGUUCAAGAACCAUGUAGAAGAGUGAACCGAGGGUUAGAGCAAAAGCUAACGUAAUGCGAAAUGUAAAUGUUAAUCAGCUGCCAUGCAGCGUGACACUGCCCUGGUGUCAGGUAACACAUCGUGGUGUUAUGUAAUCAUUCCUGUAAGUGUGUGAAAUAAACGGCAGGGUCCAUUAUCUAACCUGUGGGCACUCGAUCGUGAAUACUUUGUUAAUAAGCGACCGCUGCUUGCAUCGGCUUUGGUUCCUAUUGUUGUGCCUGCAUACGUAUCUGAUGGGUGCCGGAGAGAAAUGUGCGAUCGUGAUUUUAUUUUACACGGUAUUGGUGGCGGAAUUCUAGUAAAUUUUAGGUUUGUGUCUAGUCUUGACAAUGAAUCGUUGUUAUUUUAAUGGUGUUUGACGUGUGAGUUUAAUUAAAUCUGCGUUUUGGUUGUUAUGUCAUCUGCUGGUAGGUUCAACAAGUGUAAUCAGUAGGAAAAGUAACUGUGCUGUAUAUGUAUGAUAUAUGUUGUGAUAUGAAUUGGGGACGAGAACAGUCAGAGACAGUCAAAUAAAUUAUUGCCUCUCUGUCCACACGAUCUUCUGCAAAAUCAGGUGACCUUCAGAAAAUAUGCAAGAAAGUUGCUCUGAUAUAAAUCUGCCUGGCGAGAGCCGUUAAACAGUAUUGAAAAGUGAUAUUAAUGGUUAAGAUAGUAGACUUGAUCCACAAAGAGUUAUUUAUAGCCGUCACUUGACACUACCCUUCACCAAUGGGAAAGCACCACUUUUUCAUGUUUCCCAUAGGGGGCUGCAAAUAUAACUAAUGUUGUCAGUAGGAUAUAUUGUCAGUUAUCUUGUGUUGCAAGAAUGAUUAACAGUCUUUGUUUUCGUUGCAUUCGGCUGCCAGUUUGCUGUUCUUCAGGCUUUUUUCACAUAAUCUUACUCUUUUAGUCUUGCACUUCCGAGGUGGAAACUAUGGCAUGCGUGCAAACCAUAGUGAAACAGCUAUGAGUUUUGUGCAGAUUAGUAGCACAGUUGGCUUCGCGGGGGUGGGGGGGGGCAAUAUUCCUGUAAAUCGGUGUGUUUGUGUAAUUCCCGCUAGACUUUGGGAGAGCGUAUGGGUCGGUUCUCUAGCAUUGCAUGUAAGAGUACCAGUGUAGGAGUUACAAUACGUUUAGUGGUGCUGAUUAACGGUUCAAUGAAUGCUUGGUAGGAAUACGUAGCAUUGUCUGCUAUGAUUGUUAUCAGAAAUUUCAGUGAAAUGAUUAUAUUUUUGAUAAAUUUAAUAAUGCCAGCAUUUCAUAAUAAUCCCAUGGCCUUUAUCAUGCAUAGUUGGCACAUUUAAUGCUUUCACAUAUAGAUAAAUGACAUGAAAUAUAUUACCGUGUACAAGUUCUAUAAUUAUUUAAAGGAAAAUUAUAGGAAUGGAAGACGUAUAAUAAACACGUGAACUGUAUACGCUA